AUGUGCCAACGGACUACCAAUGUAUCAGAAAAAAAAUAUCGUGCACUUAGAAUUCUACUAAAAGUAACAUCUUGGUCUCAACGUUUUCUUUAUUUAGCAUAUGACGAUCAACAACGAGAUGCUAACUUAAUGGCAGAUUCAUUCGGACGAAAAGAUCGUCUUUUAUGUAUAACACGUAACUUUCCGUUAGGUGACAAUGUCGCUCUAGUGUUAGAACAUAUUGAAUUAUAUAAGGUCGUUAAAAGGUAUGAACAUUAUUUAUGCCCACCUAAUUAUCAAAGCUUCUCUUAUACCGUUGAUACCCGAGAAAAAGGCACAACAGAACACGUGAUAGUUGUUAAAAUGGCUGCGCGUCAAGCUGGAAUGAAAUCCAUCAAUGACAUUACUUUUCUUUAUCGUACAAGACGUCCACAACAAUCGUAUACAAUGAUUGGCGAAAUAAAUGGAUUAAUAGUGUGUAUUAAAGAAGAUACCGUGCCACCGAUGCGUUUGAGUAAUCCGGUAUAUGAUGAAAAGAUGAGCAAAUUGUUACCUUCCGAAAAGCAGCUACAAGAUAAAGAACUAGAAACUGGAAAUAGUCGUAUGUUGUUAUGUUUACUUUUACAGAACGUUGGGUAUCAAUUUUUUUGGUCAUUAAAAACGGAUACUUUUGCACCAACAUCGAAAGAAGUAGUUCAAGCAGUUGAAGAAGCACUGAAAAUAAACACAACAUUAAGAAGUCUUCUUAUUGAUACGGUCAGCGAUAUUCAACAGGAGGUCGAAUGA